UAAUAGCUCUGACAUAUUUUGUAAAUUACAAAAGUGCAAACGAGAAUGAUGCAUAAAAAUAUAAAUACAUGAAAUAUAUCUGUAAUUGCAGGCUCAUCUUUCUACUUAUUUUUCAAAAUAAAGAAGGAAAAAUAAUCGUAGCAUUAGCUAGUACCUGAUUGGCUGUGUUCUGUUCGACCACGUUGACGAUAGCCAAUUACAACGAUUGAUGUUUGGAGUUUUUCCACUGGGCCAACCAAUCAGAAGAGCUCACGUUUGAAUCGACCAAUUGGCAACGUAGACGACUGACAAUGCGCAGACACAUUGGACAGGUUUUCAAUUUUAUCACCCAAUAGAAGCCAAGAUAAACAAUACAAUCUUCUAAAUGUUUUUAAAUUUGAAUGUAGGGUGUCAAAAAGUAGAAUCUUUCUGGAAUUUGCUGGAAUGUUCCCUUGAUUUUUCCUUCUAGCGCGUAUUUCCGCACUAAUAAUACGUCUUGUAAUGCAGAUUACUCUGACAAGAAUAAAACAACUGUUGUGUAAAAGAAGGAACGCUUGAAAAAAUUGUGUGGGGAAACGUAGAAAUAAAUUAAAUCAUUUGUAUGUUGAUAAAGUUUGAAGGUGAUAGAAUAAGUUUGUGAGAAAAUUAAGAAAAUUAUGACAGAAUCAAAAACAACACAAACUACAAAAGUAAAGUUAAAAACUUACAUCGUGAGAAAAAGACAACAGGAGCAAACAGAAAAGAAGUUUGAAGAGGAAUGUUUGCAUCAGGAAAAAGAACGUGAGCAACAUCUGACAGAAUUGAAUAAAUUGAAAGAACAAAUCCUCAUUUUGGAGAAGGAGCUUUCUGAAUAUAGAAAGACUAAAGUUUUAUUAGUUAAAGAACUCGAUAUUGUAAACAAACAGUUAAUAGAGGUAGAAAAAAUUAAAGAAAUUAAUUAUAACAGUAAUAUGCAAGAGAUGAAAAAAAAUACACAAGAGAUGAAAGAAAAUACACAAGAGAUAAAAGAAGGUGCGCAAGAGAUAAACAAAAUGUCAGAAGAAGAUAUUUUAUUGCUCAAUUAUCAUAGAGCAGUAUCACAAAAUAGAGUUAUUUGUAAUGAAUCACUAUUGCAUACAUCUGUAUUUCCAAAGAAUCCAGCAAAGACAACUGCUACAGACAGUACAUUGCCUAAAAAGAAUGUAUUGGUACCUGCGGUACCUUCAGGCAGGAAACACUGGAAACGUAAAAUAGCAUUGCAAAAUCAAGAUUUUGUUCCAUCACCAUCAUGUGCAGAUGUAUCUGAAAGUAAUCCAGCAAAGACAACUGCUACAGACAGUACAUUGCCUACAAAGAAUGUAUUGGUACCUGCGGUACCUUCAGGCAGGAAACACUGGAAACGUAAAAUAGCAUUGCAAAAUCAAGAUUUUGUUCCAUCACCAUCAUGUGCAGAUGUAUCUGAAAGUAAUCCAGCAAAGACAACUGCUACAGACAGUACAUUGCCUACAAAAAAUGUAUUGGUACCUGCGGUACCUUCAGGCAGGAAACACUGGAAACGUAAAAUAGCAUUGCAAAAUCAAGAUUUUGUUCCAUCACCAUCAUGUGCAGAUGUAUCUGAAAGUAAUUCAACGAAGAAAGCUGCUACAGACAGUGCAUUGCCUACAGGCAGUGCAUUGCCUACAGGUACUGCAUUAGUACCUGCGAUACCUUCAAACUGGGAUGUUUUUCUAUCACAAUUACGUACAAAUAUAGUUGCAAAUAAUUUAGCAAAGAGAAUUGCUACAGACAGUGCAUUGCUUGCAGGCAAUGCAUUAGUACCUGCGAUACCUUCAAACAGCAAUUUGUUUCUAUCACAAUUUUAUAAAUAUCUUGAUAGUAUUUUAGCGAAGAAACCUGCUACAGACAGUGCAUUGCUUACAGGCAGUGCAUUAGUACCUGCGAUACCUUCAGGCAGAAAACAUUCAAACCGUGAAAUAGCAUUGGAAAAUCAAGAUUUUGUUUCAUCACCAUCAUAUGCAGAUGUAUCUGGAAGUAAUCUAGCAAACACAAUUGCUACAGACAAUGCAUUGACUACAGUUAGUGCAUUGGUACCUUCAGGCAGGAAACACUCGAAACGUAGUAAAACAGCAUUGCAAAAUCAAGAUUUUGUUCCAUCAUCGUCAUAUUCAAAUGUAUCUGAAAGUAAUCUAGCAAACACAAUUGCUACAGACAAUGCAUUGACUACAGUUAGUGCAUUGGUACCUUCAGGCAGGAAACACUUGAAACGUAGUAAAACAGCAUUGCAAAAUCAAGAUUUUGUUCCAUCAUCAUCAUAUUCAAAUGUAUCUGAAAGUAAUCUAGCAAACACAAUUGCUACAGACAAUGCAUUGACUACAGUUAGUGAAUUGGUACCUUCAGGCAGGAAACACUCGAAACGUAGUAAAACAGCAUUGCAAAAUCAAGAUUUUGUUCCAUCAUCAUCAUAUUCAAAUGUAUCUGAAAGUAAUCUAGCAAACACAAUUGCUACAGACAAUGCAUUGACUACAGUUAGUGCAUUGGUACCUUCAGGCAGGAAACACUUGAAACGUAGUAAAACAGCAUUGCAAAAUCAAGAUUUUGUUCCAUCAUCAUCAUAUUCAAAUGUAUCUGAAAGUAAUCUAGCAAACACAAUUGCUACAGACAAUGCAUUGACUACAGUUAGUGCAUUGGUACCUUCAGGCAGGAAACACUUGAAACGUAGUAAAACAGCAUUGCAAAAUCAAGAUUUUGUUCCAUCAUCAUCAUAUUCAAAUGUAUCUGAAAGUAAUCUAGCAAACACAAUUGCUACAGACAAUGCAUUGACUACAGUUAGUGAAUUGGUACCUUCAGGCAGGAAACACUCGAAACGUAGUAAAACAGCAUUGCAAAAUCAAGAUUUUGUUCCAUCAUCAUCAUAUUCAAAUGUAUCUGAAAGUAAUCUAGCAAACACAAUUGCUACAGACAAUACAUUGACUACAGUUAGUGCAUUGGUACCUUCAGGCAGGAAACACUUGAAACGUAGUAAAACAGCAUUGCAAAAUCAAGAUUUUGUUCCAUCAUCAUCAUAUUCAAAUGUAUCUGAAAGUAAUCUAGCAAACACAAUUGCUACAGACAAUGCAUUGACUACAGUUAGUGAAUUGGUACCUUCAGGCAGGAAACACUCGAAACGUAGUAAAACAGCAUUGCAAAAUCAAGAUUUUGUUCCAUCAUCAUCAUAUUCAAAUGUAUCUGAAAGUAAUCUAGCAAACACAAUUGCUACAGACAAUGCAUUGACUACAGUUAGUGCAUUGGUACCUUCAGGCAGGAAACACUCGAAACGUAGUAAAACAGCAUUGCAAAAUCAAGAUUUUGUUCCAUCAUCAUCAUAUUCAAAUGUAUCUGAAAGUAAUCUAGCAAACACAAUUGCUACAGACAAUGCAUUGACUACAGUUAGUGCAUUGGUACCUUCAGGCAGGAAACACUCGAAACUUAGUAAAACAGCAUUGCAAAAUCAAGAUUUUGUUCCAUCAUCGUCAUAUUCAAAUAUAUCUGAAAGUAAUCCAGUGAAUAUUAUUGCUACAGACAGUGCAUCGCUUACAGAGAGUGCAUUGGUACCUUCAGGCAGGGAACAUUCAAAAAUAAGUGAAAUAGCAUUGCAAGGUGAAGGUUUUGCUCCAUCACCAAUAUAUGCAAAUGUAUUAAAAAAUAAUCCAGCAAAGACAGCUGCUACAGACAGUGCAUUGCCUACAAGCACUGCAUUAGUACCUGCGAUACCUUCAGACAAGAAUGCUUUUCUAUCACAAUUAUAUAAACAUGCGCUACUGAGUACAUCUCUCAAAUUGCCUUCAAACUUCAAAUUAGCACAAUUACCUAAUAAUAAAAACGUUAGGGAACAUGGCCACAGCAAUGAGUUUAAUAGAAGACAAACGAAUUUGUAUGCGCCAACGCAGCAUUCAUUAGUCCCAUUUGGAAAUAUGAGUGGCAACUUUGAUCACAAACAUGUCUUAUCAUUGAAUAACUCCUUAGAACAAGUGAAGAAACGAAAAUCUAAUUUCAUAUCUACAGUUGAUGUUACUAAUCCAUGCUCGUCGAAAGAAAAUAGAAAUAUUAACAAACAAGAUAAAUAUGGUGUUAAUUCUAUUGAGACUCAACAGCGACCUCACGUUGAUGUAAGAAGAGGCGGAAUUACUGCUAGUUAUCCUUAUUUACGGCCCAAUGUUCAAUUGCCACCUAAUCUCCAUCAAUUUUCUCCUAUGUUCCCUGGUGUCAAUGUCAACUUACAAAAUUGUCCUACUUAUGCAAACUCUUAUGUCAGAUUAAAUUUUAAGCCUCCUUUAACUUCUGCCAACCAAACUCCUUUUCCUCCUUACGUCAGUAUUUCUGAUAUCAAUCAUCCUUAUCAUCCCAUUUACACUAUGCCUCAUAUCCAACCAUCAUUUACUUGUGCUUCUGCCAGUACUUCUCAGUACUUCUCAUAUUGCAUCAUCUUAUUUUCUCUCCUACUUUUACUAGUACCCCUUGUAGAACUCCUUUACCUCCUUAUGCUGUCAAUCCAACUCCUGUUUUGACUACUCGUUCUUAUGCUAGUAAUAAUCCAGGUUCUUCUAUUAUUACUUCUCAACCAUCUGUUUUUAUCAAUCCAUCUUCCUGCAAGCGACGGUAUCCUUGUAACUCUUCUGUCACUUCUUCUGUUACUUCUGUUACCGAUUCAUCUUCUUCUUUGCGUCCUUUGAUCGAUGUCAAUACCUCUUAUGUCAGUCCAGCUCUUUUGCCUCCUACUGGUUCUAGUACCUCACAUGUCAAUUCAUCUGUGCCUCCUAUUACUUGUUCUACUAUCUCUCAUGUCAACCCAUCUUCUUCUGUUACUCAAGCUAAUACUAAUACCAAUUUACCUCCUUCGCCUGAGGUCUUGAUUAUUAAAGAAAUCUCUUGUGCUAAUCCAGUUUUGCCUCCUGUUACUAGUUCUAGUACCUCUUGUAUCAAUUCUUCUUUGCCUCGUAUUACUUGUACUAGUACCUCUCAUGUCACUUCAUCUCCUUCUGUUACUAAGACCAAUACUUCUCUGUAUUCUCGUAUUAAUAUUAGUUGCUCUAUUGUUAAUCCAUCUUCUUCGUCUUCUUCUAGGUAAUACCUUUUAUAUCAAUUCAUCCUUUUCUGUCACUUUUGCGCUGGUACCUCGUAUAUUAAAAUAUUUAUCUUCUCUUUCACUUCCUCAGCAAUUCUUAUAUCAAUCCGUAUUUACCUUUUCUUGUCCUUAAUGUCGCAAUUAACAAAGCAAACCACAAUACAUCUCCUUUAGUAACUAUGAAAGGACUCCAAUGUCUUUCGUGUUGAUUCACCUUCAUUGACUUCUAAUUAUUGACACCAGUACCUUCAGUACCAUGUUUCAUUCAUUAAGCAAUUGUACAUGCAACCUGACAGAUGGGCUUCUUUCUAAAGAUGGACUUCUUAUUAAGAAUAUACUAGAACGGCAUAUUUGACUGUUAUAUUUGAGACGCUGGAAUUUGUGUUAAAAAAAUAGGAAUACAAUGUUAAUUCUAAGUCAAAUAAAUCAUAAUGUUUUUAAAAUUUA